GCGCGUUUGCGGCCAGGGGAGGCGUGUGCUGCUUCUGCUGCCUGAGAGAGAGCGAGAGGGAUGGAUAUUAAAGCAGCAAUUCGGGCUUAACAAGUGAUCGCUGCUGUCUAGGAUUGUAUUUCUUUUUCUGGGGAACCUUGACUUUCUCAGAAGAGCUCUCCCGUGCUGAUUCCCAAGGAUCCAGGUGUUUUAUGGGGGUCUUCCCUGUGCAGUCCUGCUCCCCAGCCCUGGGCUCCAGCAGCGAGGACUCGGUGUCCCUCUAGGCAGCCAACAGAACUUAUUCCGUGGAUAAUUUGGAGUCUCCACCUGCCACAUCGGAGUGAUGACUUCCACUCCCCAAGAUCAUUCUCCCCCUCCUCCAGCUGUUACAGCUUGAGGGGGAAAAACAAAAAACAAUCGGGAGGAUUUUCUUUCUUUUUAUUUUUCACCCCGCCUGGGAACGGUGAAGUGCUUCUUCUGCAUGCUUUUAGCUGAAGGAUGCUGUACAUUUCCUUGAUUUCUAUGGAGACCUUAGAACUGGGUUUGCCCCUGCUGACACCUCAUCUUGCAUCUUCUCUACCUCCCAAGGUAGCUGUCAGUAGCUUGACAUUCCCCCUGAGUCGAGGAAGCCUGUGAUGAACUUAAGGGAAGAAUCUGGAACCAUCCUAAUAGGCUUUGAGCAGCACUGACUGGACAUGCUUCAAAUCACAUAUUAACAUGGGUCAAGUCAUCAAUAGAAGGCAAGUGCUAAGACUAAAGGCUUAUUUUCAUUAAUUUAAAUUUAAUGGACUGGGUUUUUUUUUGGACAAAUUCCAUGGUAGAAAAAAAGAUAUUUCAAGUUUUAGGUACAACCGCUGGCUGUCAGAUACUUGCUGCCUUUGAAUCUUGCGGCAGCAUCAUCACGUUCCAGGAUGCAUCUACAAAUCUGAACACCCACCCCAAAACAGAAGUGUUUAGGAGACUCCAAACAUUUUCUGACAUAGGCUUGAGUGUGCUAGGCUGUUUUUCUAGACCAGCCAAGCUGUGGAAUGCAACAUCAAAUUCCUGGGAAGAGAGAGCAUGGGGUGUGCUGAUUUAAAAACAGAAGAUGCAAAGUUGAACCGAAAAUAUCCUUAAUUAAUUUAUCCAAACUUACUUUAAUUUGGUGAGAAAAGAAGCUGCUCUCUUUUAUCCCCCUUUCUUCUUCUUCUACAACUGGAACCAGCCAUUUCUAAAAUCCAUCACCAUGGAGGUUGCAAUGGUGAGUGCGGAGAGCUCAGGGUGCAACAGUCAUAUGCCUUAUGGUUAUGCAGCCCAAGCCAGGGCACGAGAGCGGGAGAGGCUUGCUCAUUCGAGGGCAGCAGCAGCUGCUGCUGUUGCAGCAGCCACGGCUGCUGUGGAAGGCAUUGGCGGUUCUGGAGGGGGCUCCCACCACCACCACCAGUCUCGUGGGGCCUGCACCUCUCAUGACCCUCAGAGCAGCCGGGGGAGUCGGAGGAGGAAGCGACCACGGCCUGAGAAGAAGAAAGUCCACCAUCGUCAGAGCAGCUUUACUCAUUGCUCCGACCUGAUGCCUAGUGGCUCUGAGGAGAAGAUCCUGAGGGAGUUGAGUGACGAGGAGGAAGAAGAAGAGGAGGAGGAUGAUGAGGAAGAGGAGGGGAGGUUUUACUAUAGCGAAGAUGAUCAUGGGGAUGAAUGUUCCUACACGGACCUGCUGCCUCAGGAUGAUGGGGGUGGAGGUGGCUAUAGUUCAGUCCGCUACAGUGACUGUUGUGAACGUGUGGUGAUAAAUGUGUCAGGCUUACGCUUUGAGACCCAGAUGAAAACCCUGGCCCAGUUUCCAGAGACUUUACUGGGGGACCCUGAGAAGAGGACUCAGUACUUUGACCCUUUGCGUAACGAGUAUUUUUUUGACAGGAACCGGCCAAGCUUUGAUGCCAUCUUAUAUUAUUAUCAAUCAGGAGGCCGCCUGAAGAGGCCUGUCAAUGUCCCCUUUGAUAUCUUCACAGAGGAGGUGAAGUUCUAUCAGCUGGGAGAGGAGGCCCUGCUCAAGUUUCGGGAGGAUGAGGGCUUUGUGAGAGAGGAGGAAGACAGGGCCUUGCCAGAGAAUGAAUUUAAAAAGCAAAUUUGGCUGCUCUUUGAGUAUCCAGAGAGCUCCAGUCCAGCCAGGGGCAUAGCCAUUGUCUCCGUCCUGGUCAUCUUAAUCUCUAUUGUCAUCUUCUGCCUGGAAACCUUGCCCGAGUUUAGGGACGACAGGGAUCUCAUCAUGGCGCUGAGUUCGGGUGGGCACAGUGGGCUAUUGAAUGACACCUCAGCACCACACCUGGAGAACUCAGGGCACACAAUAUUCAAUGACCCCUUCUUCAUUGUGGAGACAGUCUGUAUUGUUUGGUUUUCCUUUGAGUUUGUGGUUCGAUGCUUUGCAUGUCCCAGCCAAGCACUCUUCUUCAAGAACAUUAUGAACAUCAUUGACAUUGUCUCCAUUUUGCCUUACUUCAUCACACUGGGCACUGAUCUGGCCCAACAACAGGGGGGUGGCAAUGGCCAGCAGCAGCAGGCCAUGUCCUUUGCCAUCCUCAGGAUCAUUCGUCUGGUCCGAGUAUUCCGGAUCUUCAAGCUCUCCAGGCACUCUAAAGGCCUGCAGAUCCUGGGCCAUACACUCCGAGCCAGCAUGAGGGAACUAGGCCUUCUGAUCUUCUUCCUUUUCAUUGGGGUCAUCCUGUUUUCCAGCGCUGUGUAUUUUGCAGAGGCAGAUGAACCUACUACCCAUUUUCAAAGCAUCCCUGAUGCAUUUUGGUGGGCUGUGGUGACCAUGACUACUGUGGGCUAUGGGGACAUGAAGCCCAUCACUGUGGGGGGCAAGAUCGUAGGGUCCCUGUGUGCCAUUGCAGGUGUCUUAACCAUUGCUUUGCCAGUGCCAGUGAUUGUCUCUAACUUUAACUAUUUCUACCACAGAGAGACUGAAAAUGAGGAACAGACACAGCUGACACAGAAUGCAGUUAGUUGCCCAUACCUCCCUUCUAAUUUGCUAAAGAAAUUCCGAAGCUCCACUUCUUCUUCCCUGGGAGACAAGUCAGAGUAUCUAGAGAUGGAAGAAGGAGUUAAGGAAUCUCUCUGUGCAAAGGAGGAGAAGUGCCAGGAAAAGGGGGAUAACAGUGAGACAGAUAAAAACAACUGUUCUAAUGUGAAGGCUGUGGAAACUGAUGUGUGAAUCUCAGUCUCUACCUGCCACUGCCUCCUCUCCCUCACCCCAGCAACUCCAAAUAUAUUUAUGCAUAGAGAGUGCAGUUAUGAAAAUGAAAUAUGCAAAUGAAUACGAUGCAUACAGUAGUACGCCAUUUAAUGGAUAUACAUGGCAUAAUUGUUACUAAACUUGUAUUACAUAUCAAUAAAUGAUACAUAUUGGAAAAGUGGGAGGUUUAAAUAGGAGCACAUCUAUGCUUAUAUUUUUUAUUAGAUUGCAAAAUUUUUGCACAUUGAUUGAAAAAGAUGUUACGAGUAAAAGGUGGUUCCAUGAGUGACUGUAUGUAUGUGUGUGUUUAUGUGUGCACGUGUGUAUGCAGGCACAUGUUGUGUGUAUAUGUAAGUAAACUGUCAACAUUGUUAGUGAUUGUACAGUGAUGGGGAAAGUUGGCAUUUUGAAGUAUUUACUAUGUAAGAACUAAUGAAUAUGAGCAGUAACUUAUCAGUGCUUUGACUGCAUCUCAUGUCUUUGGAUUCCAUAGUUUUUUUUUUUAAUUGUUAGAAUUACUGUGUAGAAAAAAAAAAGAAAGUGAAGUAUUUAAUGGAAUAUAGGUCAUGGUUUUAUCUUGGAUUUAAUUAAAGUUUAUUUUUAACUGGAAAUUCACUUUUAAAAAGGCUGCAGGGGCCUUUAGGAAUUUAUUAUAUUUUAUUAUUAAGUUGGGGGAAGAUAUGAUAGCAAAUGCUUAAAAUUAUGGAAGAAAUUAAGUUGGAGAAAUGUAACAAACAAGUUUCAUUCACAGAUAACAAGACUGGAGUUUUUUUUUUUUUUUUUCCUUUGCACUACUUUAUAUGCUGGAGAUUGAGAGAGACUUCAUACUAUGAAUGUUUACCAAUGUAACAGUUCAAUGACAAUUAUUGAAAGAAAGAUUUCUUAGUCUUAUUUUACUGUUCUCUUCUUUUCUUUGUGUGAGACUAAUGGCUACUCAGAUAAGAGCACACCAUUCCCUUCUCUUUUAAGAUCUAAACAACUGAUUUACAAAGAGACUAUGAAGUAAAAUUUAGUAACUGGAACUUCUGAAAUUGAAUUGUUACAACUAUGCUUCUGAAACCGUAUCACUUUAAAUUGUCUCUGCCUUUUAAAUCCAGAAUAAUUUAGCCAAAGUUAAUGCAUGCAUUGAAAGAAUUCUUGAAGACAUAAGAUGCCCAUCAGCUACAAGUGAUUAUGGCUUACGAACUUUCUAUUAAAUGUGCAACAUAAAUGCUAGAUUUAUUAAGUUUAUUUCUUUGUACAGUUACUUCAGGAUAUAACAUGAGCAUUCACCACAGAAUACAACAUUUUGUUUGAUAACAUUGAUAUAAGGAAGGAUUGUUUAAAAACAUUUGGUUUCAACAUCAUUAUUUUAAUUAAGGGAUUUUCUGACCCAUAUAACUACACUUAACUCCUGAUAAAUAGUUCUAGAAUAUGAGACAACAGUUAGUGAUGACACUUGCAUUAUGAAAUCAUAUUGAGAUGUAUGUUGAACAUUUAUAAGAGAACUUAUUCUCCAGUGUUUCUUUAGCUUCAGAUUUUUAUAAAAUGGUUGUUCUGAGGUUUGAGGGGAAAAAUACUACCAAGAUAUCUCACUAUAAAAAGAAUUUUGACAAUUGUCAAUCUUAACAAAAGACCUAGAAUAACUUUUCUCAAACUUUUUAACCCUAGGCCAUCAUUUUAUAUUAAUAUAAAACUCACCUAUAAUGAUAGUUGAAAUUCAAAAUAAAUCCAGUGUUUGGCUUAAAAGUAAAGCUACAUUCUUCUCACACCCUUCCCCAUCACUUAAGGUCGACUCCUCUUUGAAGACAAAUUUGAGGAAAAAAAGCAGCAACCAGGAGUUGAUUAAACACGUAGACCAAAGAAUUCUUGGUGGACAAAGAGUGGAACAAAAUAAGGAAAUGACAUCUUGUAGCAAGAAGCCAAAGAUGACAUUUUAUGGCAUUUUUGAUUUGGAACAAAAAUGUUCAAAAAUACAUUAGACUAUGGGUGGGACUAUUUAGGUUGGUCACCAUUCAUUUGGAAGUCGUUUGCCAUCUCUGCACCCCAGUUUCCUCAUAAGUACAAAGAAGCACAGAUAAAGCAUUUCUCACAUCACUGAGUUACUGUGGAAUGCAGAUGAGAACAUGUGAAAACUCUGAAAUGUUGAGUCUUGUAUAAAUGCCAGAUAUUGUGUCCAAAUUGAUUAAUCUUUCUCUGGGAGAAAAAGAUUCCGAACCCAUGAGUUACCUUUACUUUAUUAGAAUAUUAUGAAAAUCAAGAAGUUGAUUUGCAGACAAGAGAGGUUAUCAUUGAAUAAUUGCUGGAAUUUCUUCUUUUGGGGGAAGAUCCCAAGCAUGUCAUGAUAAAAAGUUUACUCUGCGGUCAAGGUACCAUGUAUCUUUUGCUGUGGUCUCUGUGGUCUAGGUACAAUGUAUCUUUUUGCUGUAUCUAACUAGGUCAGAUUAUAUAUUAAAAUAGUUUAAAUUCUCUUUAACUUUGGAUGUUUAUUGAACACGUUAUAAUGAUGAUAAUAAUAAGUUGUUUGGAAAGGAAAAUGUAUUUCAAUGUUUCUACAGCACCUUUUUUUUUUUGAAGUUUUAAAUGGUAUAUUAAAUCUAGUCAAUAUAUACUGAAAGUAAUAAUUUUGAGAAUCCAGAAAUAUAUUCAUUUGGGAGAUUUUUGGGCUUUUAUUUUAUAUAAUUUUCUGAAAGGUUAAAAAUCAAGA